CUCGUUCAGCUGACUUGCAGCCUAGCUUCCUCUCCGGGAGCUUUCUGGUUCUGCAGACCGGGGAGGAGGAAGGCUUGUGACGGCGCCGUGAAGACCCCGGGAGCCGCCCGGUAACUGCUGUGCACCGGGAGCAACGGCAGCAGCCGCGGAUGCGGAUUGUUUACACCAGACGGUCAAGCUUUUCCUGUUUCCUCGCGCUCGCCUGGACCGAGCAGCCCUGCCGCAGAUAGCCUCGGCGGAGCGGGGCUGCUGAUGGCCGUGGAGCUCCUACCGGCCUCCGUCAUCACCGCAGCCGCCCGUUAGAGGACUACGGACAGGAACUUCGUGGUUCCGCCGCCGGUGGUCCCGCAGGGAGCUCGGAGGAAGUAGCGGCGGAAGAAGGCGCAGCAUCGCGCCGUGCAUGGUGCUGCGGUUCGGGGCGCUAGUGGAUGCGCAGACGGCGCUGACCCAGAGAUGGCUGUUCUCAAACUGGCCGACCAGCCUCCUCUUAUCCAGGCGAUCUUCAGCGGAGACCCCGAAGAGAUCCGUAUGCUCAUAUACAAAUCUGAAGACAUCAAUGCCCUGGAUCCAGAGAAACGCACCCCGCUGCAUGCCGCAGCCUUCCUGGGAGAUGCAGAGAUCAUCGAACUCCUCAUCCUCUCUGGGGCCAGAGUCAAUGCCAAAGAUAACAUGUGGCUUACCCCUCUGCAUCGCGCCGUGGCGUCCCGCAGCGAGGACGCCGUGCGGGUUCUGAUCCGCCACUCUGCAGAUGUCAACGCACGGGACAAGAACUGGCAGACGCCGCUGCACGUCGCUGCAGCCAACAACGCCCUGAGAUGCGCCGAGGUCAUCAUCCCACUGCUGAGCAGCGUGAACGUGUCGGACCGCGGCGGACGAACGGCGCUGCACCACGCUGCCCUCAAUGGCCACACAGAGAUGGUGAACCUUCUGCUUGCUAGAGGGGCGAACAUCAACGCCUUCGAUAAGAAGGACGGCCGAGCGCUGCAUUGGGCUGCCUUCAUGGGCCACCUGGACGUGGUGCGUCAGCUGGUGAGUCAAGGUGCAGAGAUCAGCUGUAAGGACAAACGGGGAUACACGCCUCUGCACGCCGCAGCCUCCAGUGGACAGCUGACUGUGGUCAAACACCUGCUCAACCUGGCUGUGGAGAUCGACGAGGCCAACGCGUUUGGGAACACGGCGCUCCACGUGGCCUGCUUUAACGGCCAGGACGCCGUCGUCAGUGAACUGAUCGACUACGGCGCCAACGUCAGCCAGCCCAACAACAAAGGCUUCACCCCCCUGCACUUCUCUGCCGCCUCCACGCACGGAGCGCUCUGCCUGGAGUUCCUGGUCAACAACGGGGCUGACGUGAACGUGCAGAGUCGAGACGGAAAGAGUCCGCUUCACAUGACGGCAGUUCACGGGCGCUUCACACGCUCCCAGACCCUCAUCCAGAACGGAGGAGAGAUCGACAGCGUGGACAAGGAUGGCAACACUCCGCUUCACGUUGCCGCCCGCUACGGUCACGAGCACCUCAUUAACACGCUCAUCACAAGCGGAGCAGACUGCACCAGACGAGGAGUUCACGGGAUGUUUCCACUCCACAUGGCAGCCUUGAACGCUCACUCUGACUGCUGCAGGAAGCUGCUGUCCUCGGGUCGGAGGUUUACCAUAAUGUGUAACGACUCGGUCCUGUCCGCAGGCUUCCAGAUAGACACCCCGGACAGCCUGGGGAGAACAUGCCUGCACGCAGCUGCUGCUGGAGGUAAUGUGGACUGUGUCAAACUGCUUCUGAGCAGUGGGGGAGAACACAACCGGAGAGACAAGUGUGGCAGGACGCCCCUUCAUUACGCCGCUGCCAGCCGUCACUUCCAGUGUCUGGAGACGCUGGUAGCUUGCGGCAUCGACAUCGAUGCCACCGACCAGUGGGGGCGCUCCGCCCUGCACUACGCUGCUGCCUCAGACCUGGACAGGAGGCGCCGCGUUGCUCUGGAGCCAGAGAGCGAGGGAGUCCAGGCGGAGAGAGAGAAGGAGGCAGCGCUAUGUCUGGAGUUCCUGCUGCAGAGCGGAGCGACCGCCGCGCUGAAAGACAAGCAGGGCUACAGCCCCGUCCACUACGCCGCCGCCUUCGGACACCGGCACUGUCUGGAACUGCUGCUGAACAGAGACGACGGUCAUCAAGAAGAUCCCGAGUCUCCUCACGCCAGGAGCCCCCUGCACCUCGCUGCAUACCAUGGCCAUGCCCAGGCUCUGGAGGUGCUGCUGCAGGGGGAGAGAGAGGUGGACCAGGCAGACGAGGCAGGAAGGACCCCCCUGGCCCUGGCCGCCCUGAGGGGCCACACUGACUGCGUUCACACGCUCCUCAGCCAGGGGGCGUCGCCCCACUCCACCGAUCAGCAGUACGGUCGCUCGCCUGUGCACCUGGCAGUGAUGAACGGUCACACGACGUGUGUGCGCCUCCUGCUGGAUGAAUCGGACGGCGCGGAGCUCAUUGACGCCGCCGACUCUCAGGGACAGACUCCUCUGAUGCUGGCGGUGGCUGGAGGACAUGUCGAUGCUGUGUCGCUGCUGCUGGAGAGGGAAGCCAGCGUUAACCUGGCUGACAGCCACGGCCUCACAGCUCUCCACCUCGGGCUGCUGUGUGGUCAGGAGGAGUGCAUCCAGUGUCUGCUGGAGCAAGAGGCCUCGGUGUUGCUCGGAGACUCACGGGGCCGCACGGCCAUCCACCUGGCCGCCGCGCGAGGCCACGCCUCCUGGCUGAGCGAGCUCCUGAGCAUCGCCUGCUCAGAUUCUCUGUCUCUGCCACCGCUGAGAGACCACGGCGGGUACACCCCUCUGCACUGGGCCUGCUACUACGGCCAUGAAGGCUGUGUUGAGGUGCUGUUGGAGCAGAAAGGCUGUCGGUGUAUCGAUGGGAAUCCUUUCACGCCCCUGCAUUGUGCAGUGUUGAAUGAUCAUGAGGCGUGUGCGUCGCUGCUUCUGGAGGCCAUGGGAUCGGACAUCGCCGGCUGCAGUGAUGCGAAGGGCAGGACUCCUCUACACGCUGCAGCCUUCAGCGGUCACGUAGACUGCAUCCAGCUGCUCCUCGCCCACGAUGCACCCGUAGACACUGUAGACCAGUCAGGUCGCACUGCACUGAUGAUGGCGGCAGAGAAGGGCCGGGCCGAAGCUCUUGAUCUGCUGCUGACCUGCCCCAAUGCCGACCUCAGUCUUACAGACCAAGAUGGCAACACAGCCCUCCAUCUGGCUUGCAGGAAUGGGAAAGAAGACUGUGUGUUGCUGAUCAUGGAGAAGCUGUCUGACGCUUCUCUCAUAAAUGCCACAAACGCAGCACUGCAAACGCCGCUCCACCUGGCAGCUCGCAGCGGCCUGAAGAAGGCGGUCCAGGAUCUGCUGUCCAGAGGAGCCAACGUUCAGACAGUAGAUGAGAACGGUCUGACCCCUGCUCUGGCUUGUGCUCCUAGCAGAGAGGUGGCUGACUGUCUGGCUCUCAUUCUGGCUACCAUGAUGCCUUUCUGCUCCCCUUGCAGCUCUGGAGCUCCCUCCCCAGGCUCCCUGCUGAGGCAACUGCCCCACCAGGGGGGUAAAGGCGUGGCCGCCGGCCCUCGGGGACCACGCACCCCCAGGAACCCCUCGGGACCUUCCAGCGAGGGAACUACUGAGAAUGACUCGGAGGACUCUGAAACGUUUUGAUGCAUCUCUGAGCAGACUCUGGCUUCUUACCUCAAACUCUCUUUUUACCUGGACUUCUCAGCAGAAGGAUGUUUCUGCGAUGCAGAGUGGAUAUUUGUUGUAAUGGAGCUCCAAGGGAUUCAGUAUUAAGUAAAGAAGCAACUUUACAAUCAUCAUAUACGAAAAAUAUAAAAUAAUGAUCUCAGCAAAUAAUUUCUAAUUUAUUCUCUAAUUAAUUUAUAUUUACCUCUGCUUUUUUACAGAACAAUAUUUGUCUGAAUCUAUUAAAAACUAAAAACUAAAAAUCUGUUUUCUAACAACCAAAUUUUGUUUAAAUAUGUGAGGAUUUUCCAAGGAAGGCAUCCUUUUAAGAAGAAACUUUUCAUGCCUCAUGGAAAAGUAAAAUUAAAGACUAACUUUUUAGAUUUAAAAAAUUUAGAUUAUUGAAAAAAACGUCUAUAUGUUGUACAUGAUAGUGAAGCGGAAAUCUGUAAAUCUGCUGGGAAUGUGGAGGGUUUGGAUUGAUCGUUGCUGCCGAAAGAUGACACGUUAGGUGUGUUUCCACUGAAGGAACAUUUUUCAGGUCACUGUGGCCAUUUUUUUUUUUUUUUUUUGGAUCUGAUCGUUUCCGCCUCAGGGACAGGGACCAAAUCAGGUUAGUGUUUAAAUUUACCCCAGAAAAUUGUCCUGGUAGGGAGGUAGUACUUUAUGAAUAGAUUCUGAACUUUGGGUGCAGUUUUGUGGUGGUUCAAUAUUUAUUCAUUAAUUUCCCAGUUAAUGACCCUUGAUAGUUCACAUUUUCAUUUUGACUUAAAAUUUUUAAGCAGGAGCAAUUGGUGUUUCCCCCCAAACAGACACAAUUUAAACUCUGCCCCUGAACGUCUGGGUUUUACAUUGUUGUUAUUCAAAUAAAUGUAUUAAAAUCAGUCACCUUAGUCGAAUAUUUCUUAAACAAAGAAAUGAAGCCUGGACCAAUACUUUCACUAUCUGUUGGAGGUCAUGAGAGGAAUGAUUAGGGAUUUAAAUGGGAUUGUUAUAUUUUACAGAGAUUGUCUUUCAAAACACAAACUCAAACAAUUGCAACAGCCCAGGAUUUGUUUUAACACAUUUCAUGGUUAAUAGCAGAAGACAAGCUCCAAUUAUUACAAAUGUGUGAAGAUUACAAAUAUCCCCUGAUUUGAAGAGACUUUAACUCUGUUUCGGAGACUAGCCAUUGUAACAUAUUCAACUUAGCUUUUAAACCAUAAGCACUAUGCUACAAUCUGAAAUUAAUGCUGCAUUGAUAUAUCUUUUUCUUUAUCCAGUUCCAGUGUUGAGCAGUUUACCUGGCAAUAGUGGUUGUAUUUGCUAGCUUAGUACAUUGCAGUUGCUGCCCUCUCAGAGUUGGCCACGGAAAUUUACAUAGCCUGGUUUUGGGCCUCACAGUGGAAACACAAGCACCUAAUGGACAUGGUGAAAUAAAAGGCUCUUGAAAUUUAGGUUCUGGGGGACACUGUUUUUGAACAAAAGUUGAAACGCACCUAUUUAUGGUUCCAUGUAACUUUAAAAGCAGUAAGAAGACUUGCUUAUACUAAACAUCCUGCAAUGAUGGAAAUUAAUUAAAAAAAGUAGUGGUAUUUUUUGUAGUUAGUUUUUGUUUUAAACCAAUGAUGUAGUUCAAUUCUUAAACAUCGAACCCUUGGGGCUCCACGUCUUCACUUUGCGCCUGCAGGCAGUUGAUCUUCUCAGUGAUGGACGUCCUGCAGCUCUUCUUUAAAUCUUCCCUGGACCAGUGGCCGCAGCCCAAACACUUGGUCCGCAAACAUGAAGAGUCGGAUCAGGACUGGUCACUGCUCCGGUCUGCAUGCUUGUGCUGAUUGACACCACGGUCCAUUCGUUCACUCACGGGUGCUUAAAUCCAAACUAACCUUGGUACUUAACAUCUGCACGGCAAAGCCAUGCCAUUCUGAAACAAGAUUUCUUUUAAAAAGCCAUUUUAACCGUUUGUACACAAUGCAGAUCAUUAAGAAAUUCAAGCAUAAUUUUAAGCUUUUUAAAAAAAACAAAAAACAAAAAAAACUUGUACCAAAUAUUUGACUUCCAUGCAUAAAUAAUUAACAUGUACUGAAGGGUUACAUGAACAGGUACUUUUUGAAAUGUUUUACCAGCUGAAGCACAAAUUUGGAGUUGGCUGUUUGGUUUGACGACGUGUCCAGAAUGUGAAUAGUAUAGCCUCAACGAGAUGUUUAGUAGUUUUGAUGUUCACCAGGAGAGAGGACUUAACAUGACGGGUACAUCUCAGUUCUGUCAACAGAGAAAAGUCACACACAUCAUUCGCUCUAACAGCAUUUUAGCUGAAGAUGGAGGACGGUACAACAUACGCUAUCGAUGGCUCCCACUUGGCUCUCACUCCACAAGAGUGAGAGCCAUGUGUUACCUGUAUUUCUCACACUGCCCAGACAAAUCUCACUCCAAAUAAGUAAAAAGUGCCUGCGCUCAAAGCAAACACUUAUUCUGUGUGUGUUAUCCAGCUAACACAAACCACUGUUGCGUUAAAAAGCUUACUAGUUUCUGUGUUGGCCCCAGUGGAAUUACAUUAGCAUAUGUUUAGAUACGUUUGCCUUAACGCAGAAUAGUGUCUGUGUGAGCCAAAGGAAGCUAAUGCUAACCAUUUUGUGGACUUUGACAAGAUAAUGUUAGCUGUUUUAAACAAAACCCAUAAACUGCUGUUAGCCUAAAUACUUAUAGCAACUCAUUUUGCCUAACCAGAAAAUGGCACCCGUUGUGGUAAACAAGCUAACGUUAGCCAAUAAUGAAGAUGAUGCUGUUUCCUGUCUCAGUCUGAACAAGAAAAUGUUUGCUGCUAUUUAGAAAGCCCUGGGAUGAGCUAAGCAGCUACAUUAGCUUAAACAAGAUAAGCUUUGGUUGCCAUCCCCCGGCAUUAGAGUCCAUCACAGGACAUGGUUUGGCUCCUAUAGGAGAACCACUCAAAAGCUGACGUUCAGAAUCAAAAAGUCAAAUUGAAUAAGGAGUUGUGCAAUGACUUUUUGGUUCAUCUCUGGUUUCCUCAAUCUCUACAAUGAGCUGAAACAUUUCUAAACCUGAAAAAGGCCCUGGACAGUCAGUAUUAUACGCCAGUAUUAACCAAUAUAUAACUUUACUGAUAACCAAGAAGGUUCAUCUUUGAGACUGGUUAUUUCACAGAUAGGAUGUCUCCUAUCAACUUUUCAUCAAUUUGUACCUGCAAGGGGGAUGUUUUGUAUCCACUUUGACAACAGGCGAUUAAGGGUUUUCUGUACUCUACCCAUAGUUUACUGCAAAGAAACUCGACUCAAUAUUAUUAUCAACCAGCAAGAGGUCCGUUAGUUGUUGUUGUUAGAUCAGGUGUCAUAAUUCGUCAGAUUUUAUAGGAUUCAACUGGUCCAAACAAGGAUCAGAACCGGAAUAGAUAAAAACAGGGUGUAAAUGGAAAGUAAAAAAAUUUUUUUACAACUACAUUAAAAUAUAUAGUUGUAUCAGCAUAGUAUGGGUACCUCAGUAAUAAUUUAACAAUACUUGACUCUACAAAAACAUAAACAAUUACAACAGUUUAAGAACACGGGAACAAAAAGGUUUUUACUGGUAUGAAAAGGUAUCAGGACGAAGAUGCAAAGUGUGGGUAAAAAAUGGGCAUAGCUACACAUUUACCAAGAUCCCUCUGUAGAUAUUAAAGUAUGUAAAGUUUUAUACAGUGCAAUCUCUCCUCUCUUGAACAUGAUCUAUGCGAGUCCCCUAAAAUGUUUCCACCACUAGAUCUCUGGAGGCAGCAGCUACUGCGACAUAAAUGUUUCAAGCCUCAAAACUCAGACCCCAGGUGAAAAAAAUCGCACAGCUGGGAAAAAACUUUUGGUCACAUAAAAUAAAGAUAACUAGCGUAGAAUAUCUGUGGUCCUAAUUUUUAGAUAUCGGCAUGGGUAUCGGCCAUAGAAAACCCCAAGUCAGUUGACCUCUAAUCCAGACACACCGGGCCAACCUCCAAAUGAUGUGGAGAGUGAUCCGUUGAGGGAACGGGGGUGUACCUGUCGACGAGCGCAGUAUUUGUGCAGAUGUGGAUGAAUGAUGAGAUUAUCAAAUAGAAUUACGCGUUUUGUCCUGCAGUCUUAAGGGGCCUCCUGCACUUUGACCACUCCAUGUGUACCACCUGUUUGUGCAUGUUUGCACACGUUACAAUUUAGAGUAGCACCGUUUUUAGAUUCUACAAAAAAAAAAAGACCAAAUGUCUCUUGUGGUGAAAAUGUCUUUUUAGCUCAGUUCUUUGUGCUAUUUAUUAAUUUCAUCAGGAUGGUACAAAUACUGCCAGCACUUAAAUGUAAAGUUACCCAGGGCCUUGACCACUGUCCCUCCCCCUUCCUCUCCUUCAUUUGUCUGCCCACCAGCAACGUGCCAUCGUCUCUAACAUGUCCAGUGCCUUGAUGUUGACUCACGUGGUUUUAUUUUAUAGCAUUUUCUAUUUGUAUGUAAAUUCCAGUAACGUGUUAAAGAAUAAGUUCACCAAAAGCUCCAGAUGGCUCGCACGUUAGUAAAAUUCCCCUCACGCUUGCAGAUUCUUAGCCUUGGGUUUACUCUUUGAAUCUUUGUCUUCAGUAAAACCAGGUCGUUAAUCGGGAUGCCAUCAGAAAUCAAGUUAUGUCAUUGUGUGAAUUUAUUCCUUAAUAUGUUGAUCCCAGUUUGAGACAGGUUUUUACUUUGAAUGCGAAAAAUUUAGAGGAAGUGCUUUUAUUUCAGUUUUCUCCUUCCUGGCUGGAGAUUUUCCUUUGUCAAAAUUCACUGCCAACAUUCUUCGUGAGACCAAAACCGGACAUGCGUUUAGCCGUCUCGUGUGCCAUUACUCCAGAACCCACGUACCUGUACUUAUUGGUGACAAGCAAAGGAAUAUCUCCAGGGUUGUCUUUAAAGUUCUGUGUGUGUGUGUGUGUGUAAGUGGGCUUUAGGUACUGAUAUGAAAACGACUUUAUUCAGUGUUGAUGCAAAGCUUUGUACGAAAAGACUAUCUGUGACUGAUGUUUGGGUUCAAAUGAUGAACCGAUGAGCACACACGCUGUCGGCAAGCACAGCGUUUUAUCUGCCUCUGAGUCUGAGUCUGGCCACCAGUAUUAUUAUUGUACCUGAAGAACUUGGACAGUCCUGACAAUCUCCAUCGUCACUUGUCUGAUGAUUUUCAUACCAGUUCCUGAUGCAGUAUGACAUGCUGAGGGCUGUUUGUUAGCUACCCUUCUUUUAUAGAAGCUGUGCAAAUAAAACUAAAAUCUGUUUGGA